AUGGUAGAAAACAAUUUGGCAACUGGGACGAAGAUAUUGUUAACUGAUCGACCCUUCGAUUUUGUUGAAACUGUAGCUGCCGUUGUGUCUGUCCUUUUGGCUGCUCUCGCUGCAACCGCUUUUGCUACAGCUUCGACCGCUCCUGUUUCUGAAAAGAACUCCGAGAUUGCCAAUAUCAACUUGUCUGCUGCAUACAAACAUCAUCCACCACCUCCUCCUCCUCACCACAAACCUCCUCCACCUCCUCCUCACCACAGACCUCCUCCACCUCCUCCUCACCACAGGCCUCCUCCAUCCCCUCAUCAUCAUGGACCUCCCCCUCCUCCUCCUCCUCAUCAUCAUCAUAGACCAACUAUGCAUCAUCACUAA